UCUUCCUCUUCCUCAACACUUCAACCUCAUCCACAACCACUCCAUCCAUAAACCCACGGGAAUACUACCCCGUAGGCCUUCACCAUGGCCUUUCGCAACGGGUCCUUUGCGACCUUCCUAAUCGUCUGCCCAACAUCCUUCUUCCUCGGCCUCAUCUUCUCCCUCUUCCCCUACGACUACCCCAUCCUGUGGUCCACAACCCCCACCCCCGCAACCCACUUCGACUACUUCGAAUCGCACCUGCGAUUCCUCCACGCCUCGCCGCCCCUAAUCCCGCGAAUCCUGCACAUCGUCAUCUUCCUGGGUCUUCUCGGCCUGAUCCUGAAACUCUACAGACCCUCGGAAUCGAAUAUGUUGUUCGACGGCGCCAGUCUCGUGCUGUAUAUGUGUGGAAUCACGGUGUAUAUCGCGAAUAUUGUAAAGGGGUUGAGGUUGGUUAGUGGGGGCGUUUAUGGGGAUGAGUUGGUUAAUAAGAAUGCUGGUGGGGAUGAGGGGGUGGAUGUGGAACAAGGGCAGAUUUUGAAUCGCGAGGAUAGUUUGAAGGUGUUGGCGGCGAGUAAUACCAUCCUUGCGCUGGUGUUGGUUGGUGUGCUUGUGUUGCAGGCGGGGCAGUGGUAUGCGGAGAGGAAGGAGGCGCAGGAGGUGGAGAGUUUUGCUACUUCUUCGAAGAAGAAGUGAGGGUCAGGAGGGGGGGAGUAAGAAGAAGAGGAAUUGAUAAAGUGGUUAGGUGGUCAUGUUGUCAGUUGGGGUGAAGGGGGAAAUUGGUGUUGGGAAGUCAGGUAGUGGAUAUGUGUAUGGUAUCAGUUACUAUGAAUUGCAGUUUCAAAGGUAUCAUCUAUGUACAGCAUAGGUAUCAGUUCAGUAAUGCACAGUUCAUCAUCCAAUCCAUCAUCAAUGCAAUCAAUGCAAGCAAGUUGUUACACCCAAGCAUGGCCUCCCUCACAUCUGCAGUCCCUCCGGUCGGAAUGAAAA